AUGUCCUACUUGUCUGCUGAAAAAGCAGAAACCGAGCUCGCUCAGAGUAUCAAAAAAGCAUGCAGUAUUGAAGAAACUGCACCCAAACAAAAGCAUGUUCGAAAAUGUAUCGUUUAUACUUGGGAUCACAGAACGUCAGCCAUUAUUUGGAACAUUUUGAAGGUUCAGCCUUUACUCUCUGACGAAGUGCAAGCAUUCAAAGCGCUUAUUCUUGUACAUAAAGUCGUCAAGGAUGGUCACCCCAACGUGAUCAAAGAUGCUCUCCGGGAAACAGGUUGGUUAGAGACGUGUGCUCGUAGUGUCAAUGGUGAUGGUAUGCGUGGUUACGGUACCCUUAUUCGUGCCUAUGUCGACUUUUUAUUGCACAAGCUUCAAUACCAUCGUACACAUCCUGAAUUUAAUGGCUCUUUUGACUAUGAAGAGUACAUCAGUUUGAAGAAUAUCGAUGAUCCAAAUGAAGGUUUCGAAACUAUCAAUGAUUUGAUGACUUUGCAGGAUCAUAUUGAUCGAUUCCAAAAGGUGGUGUUUGCUAGCUUCCGUCACCAUUCCAACAAUGAAUGCCGUAUUGCUGCUCUUGUGCCUUUGGUCGAGGAAAGUUACGGUAUCUAUAAAUUCAUCACCAGCAUGAUGAGAGCCAUGCAUCAAAGACUCGAUGCCUCAGAAGCACUUGCACCUUUGAGACAAAAGUUCAACACUCAACACUACGCUCUCUUGAAGUUCUACUACGAGUGCUCCAACCUCAAAUACUUGACCAGUCUUAUCAACGUGCCCAAACUUUCUCCUGACCCACCCUCCCUUAUCGAUGACAGCACACCUCAAUUGCCCAAGCGUCCUGAAGUUGCACGCAUUGAAGCACCUCCUCCACCAGCUCAAGCGUCGCCCGAACCCGUCAUUGAUUUCUGGUCCGAGAAGCAAGCUCAGCAACAACGUGAAUACGACGCUGAGCAGCAACGCUUAGCCCAACAAAGACAAGAGGAACAAGAGCGAAUUAGACAGAUGCAGUUGCAACAGCAACGUGAUUACGAGGAUCAACAAAGAAGGAUGGCUGAGCUCGAACAGCAAAGACAACAAGAGCUCAUGAGACAACAAAUGAUGAAUCAACAAAAUGGCAGAAUCAAUGACCUCGAAAUGCAAAUCUUGAAUGGACGCAAUCAACUUGAGCGCAACCAAAUGAUGCUGGAACAAUACGAUAGACGAGUAAAGGCUCUUGAACAAGAACUGGCUUCUGUCAAUGCAAAUGCUUUACAAAGAGAUCAGUCCAAGGACGAAUUGAUCCGUUCUCUUCAAAAUGAAAUUCAAAUGUGGAAGAACAAGUAUGAAGCUUUGGCCAAAUUGUACAGUCAAUUGAGAAAGGAACACAUUGAUCUGUUGAACAAAUACAAGGCACUUCAAGUCAAGGCCAAUUCGGCCCAAGAAGCCACUGAGAAAUUGGAGCGUGUUCAAGCUGACAUGCGUGCAAAAAACAUCGAGCUGGCAGAUUUGAUUCGUGAGCGUGACAGAGCUCGUAAUGAACUGGCUCGUCUUCAAGGCAACCAGCGGGAAGACAUGGAUCGUUUGCGUCGUGAAUUGGACGAUGCUCGUAAUCAAAUGCAAAACAUGGGCAGAUCUAAAGGAGAUGAGGUCAGUGCACUUUUGGCUAAAUUCAACAAGGAGAAGCAAGACCUCGAAGCCAGUUUGAUGGAGAAGCAAGCUUUGAUUGAUGAGUUCCUCAAGCAAAUUGAAGACCAACAAGGCGAGGCGGAUCACAUUCGUCAAGAGAAGGAUGAAGAAAUUGCUGUGUUACAAGCUGGUAUGGAUGAAUGUCUUUCACAACUUGCUGAGUUGCAACAGAACGAUAGACAACAAGAUCUUCAAGAAGAGCUCGACCGUUUAGAGAGCGAACAAACCGACAAAUUGAACCAAAUCUUGGAUUGCAUUUUGGGCACAUGUAUUCAAAAGAUCAAUGACAGCAUUUAUGAAUUGGAUGCACCUGGUUCCCAUGGCAACGAAAACUCAACCCCUGAAUUGGCUCUUUCCAUGAUCGAAAGAGCCAGUAUCACCUCUGUAGAGUUCAUGUCUGCAUUCAGUAAAUUCUUAGACGGUAGCCACACUGGAGAUCACACUGGCACCAUCACACGUGCACUUGAAUUCUCAGAUACCAUCAUUGAUGUUCUUCAACAUGCCAAGGGUAUUACACAAUUUGUCAUGAAGGAUGAGGAUGGCGAGGAAUUGGUGCACUUGGGUAAGGGCUCUGCUGAAGCUUGUAUUCAAUACUUUAGCAGUGUGAUGUCGACCUACCUCAAGAUGCUGCCUCCUGCUCAACGUCCUGAAGUGGUCAUUCAGGGUGACAUGCGUGUCCAAGAAGCACUUACCAAGUUAUCGCAAAAGACGGAAGAUUUGAUCUUGACUGGUGCUACUGAUGUGAAUAAGAUGGCAGAAGGUGAAGUCGGUGAUCUUGUUGAGCAAGAAAUGACUAGAGCUGCCCGUGCUAUUGAAGAAGCCUCUGCCAAGAUUCAAGAUUUGAUGCGUCGUCCUGCUAAUCCUGCUUUCUCUGCUACUGAUAUCCAAGUGCAUCAAUUGAUCUUGAACUCUGUAUUGGCUCUAACCAACGCUAUUGCUAAUCUCAUUAAAUGCGCUACUGCUUCUCAACAGGAAAUCGUGUCUCAAGGUCGUGGCUCUUCAUCCAAGGCUGCCUUCUACAAGAAACACAAUCGUUGGACCGAGGGUUUGAUCUCUGCUGCCAAGGCAGUUGCUGUAGCUACAAACAUGUUAGUGGAGGCUGCCGAUGGUGUCAUUAGCAAGACUCAUUCUCUUGAGCAACUAAUUGUUGCUUCCAAUGAGGUGUCUGCUGCCACUGCUCAAUUAGUAUCUGCUUCUCGUGUCAAGUCCAGCUUCAUGUCUCGUACUCAAGAACGCUUGGAAUUAGCCGCCAAGAGUGUCAAGGAUGCUGCUGCUGAAUUAGUCAAACAAAUCAAGAACCUUGUAGCCGAACAAAACAAGAGCGAGACAGCUGACAUUGACUUUAACAAGUUGUCUGUUCAUGAAUUCAAGCGUAGAGAAAUGGAGCAACAAGUCAAAAUCCUAAAGUUGGAUUCUGAAUUGACAAAUGCUCGCCGUGUUUUAGCAGAAAUGAGACGUAGUGGCUACCACACUGAAGAAACUGACUAA